AAGGAGCCGUCUGCCGGCAAGGAGCAGGCGCGAGAAUACCCCAGGGAGGAGCAGCACGCACUGAAGGAGCCUUCUGCCGGCAAGAAACCUGAGCGAGAAUACCCCGGAGAGGAGCAGCACGCGCUGAGGGAGCCGUCUGCCGGCAAGGAGCAGGCGCAAGAAUACCCCAGGGAGGAGCAGCACGCACUGAAGGGGCCCUCUGAAAAUCUUCGAGGGGCCGCAGUAGGUCACCAAGGUGGGGAAGGAGAGGCUGUGCAAAGUGCAUACCCUGUUGAGAAGGAAGCAGAAUCAAAUCUGCUUGGUGAAUCAUCCCAAGGGCAGCCGAGAGAGAUGGAACAAAAGCCAGGGGGCGACUGCAAUGUGGAGGGUCUUCCAGAGGCUGAACGUACUGCGGCAGAGACGGCGGGUAAUCGGCCGCAGGAAGGUGCAGCUGGACAGAAUGUAGCAGCCAAAACGAAGCCGCCGCGGGCUGUGAGGGCGAUUGUCCCGGAAGAACGGACCAAAAACCCCAGUGGGACGUCGCCGUUCAUGGGUGUCCCUCCUGUUUCCCCCAUCCGACAGUCGCUCUCCUCACCGCAGUCGGAGCGGGGCCAGGGCGACACUGUUGCGAAGCGCCGCGGAGUGACGCCUCUUGGUGACGACAAUAUCACUCAAUCGCAGCAGCUGCCUCUGCCGAAGGUCACCGCUGUGCGGCAGCCGUGGUUUCCCGCUGGUAGCUCCUUGACGGAGGACCACAUCCCACUCGAUAAGCGUGAAAGUUUCAUGAACCGCGCGGACUCUAUCAAGGACUUGGAGCGCCGCUCCCGGGAGUCCGGAAGAAGCAGCGGGCGUCAUGCGAGUCGGCACGCCACACCGCAUGAGUAG